AUGGCUUCUACUCGAUACUACGCAAACCCCAAGCAAACAGGCGAAUUCGCCACCAAGCUGCUCGUACAGGCGGGGCUCACCGAGGAAGAUGCUAGAUCCAUGGCUGACUGUUUGGUCCUUGCUGAUGUUCGGGGAGUAGACACUCACGGGAUGGCUCGUCUCCCUCAAUAUCUCGACCGGGUGCGCAACGGUCGAGUCAAGGCUCGUCCUGGCAUCACCAUCACUGAAAAAACACCGGUAGUAGCCCAUCUCGACGGCGACAAUGGAUUUGGCUUCAUUGUCGCAACAAGAGGCAUGAAAGAAGCCAUUAAACGCGCCGAAAUCUACGGCAUCGGGAUGGUGACAGUCAACCACUCCAACCAUUUUGGCAUGGCUGCCACCUACGUCCUACAGGCUCUGGAAUCCAACAUGAUCUCGCUAGUUUUCACGAACUCAGCCAAACAAAUGCCUCCUUUUGGUGGAAAGGAGACUCUGUUGGGAAUUUCCCCAUUUGCGGCUGGUGCUCCCUCCAACACCGAAGUCCCUUAUAUCCUCGACAUGGCCCCGUCAGUCGUCGCCAAGGGCAAGAUCCGUCGCGCUGCUCGUCGAGGCGAGUCCAUUCCAGAAGGCUGGGCAUUGGAUGCAGAUGGAAAUCCCACGACAGACGCCAACGUCGCCUUAAAUGGCAGCAUGGCACCAAUCGGUGGUCCCAAGGGCUCAGGAAUUGCUAUUCUGAUGGACGUUAUGUCUGGCGUGUUGACCGGGGCAGCAUUUGGUGGUGAAGUCGGAGACCAGUACAAGGACACCAAGCCACAGAAUGUCGGGCAUUCUUUUAUCGUCAUCAAGCCGGAUGUGUUUGUAUCUACCGAUGACUUCAGGGCUCGUAUGGAUACUCUUGUUCAGCGUGUUCAUGGCGUUACUCCUGCCCCAGGCUUCUCGAAGGUUCUCUUCCCUGGUGAGCCAGAGUAUCGAUUAGGUAUUCAGCGUCAAAAGGAGGGAAUUCCUUAUGCGGAUGCUGAAAAGAAGAUGUUUGAGGACGUUGCGAAGGAAUAUGGUAUUCCUGGAUUGUCUCUAUCCGAGUAUCCUUUGACUUUGUAG